CUUACCACCAAUAGUCCAGGAUUACAGUACGAGAUAAUAGGAGAAGGUAAAUUAUGUAAAAGUAGUUGGACCAUCAAUACAUUUAUAGAUUUAAAAUAUCUAAUCAAUAGCCUUAUCGAUGUAAAUACCAUGUUAAAAUCAAUCAACUCAUUUGCAAUUAAUAACACAUACCAAAUAACUCUAAAUCAGUUGGAGAAGCGUGUAAAAAAAAUUAAUACAGAUACACAGACUAUUAGACAAAUGGCUAGGCAUAGUAAAAAGGUUAGGCGAUCAUUUGAAUUUGGAGGUUCGGCAUUACAGUGGAUGUUCGGCAUUGCCGACGCUGAUGAUGUAAGAAGGUAUGAUAGUUCGAUUAACAAAUUAGAGAAUGAUCAAAAAGAUAUGAUACACAUAGUUGAAGACCAAGUUUCUAUUUUAAGGAGCACAAUAACAAAUUUUAAUGAAACCAUAACAACAUUUAAUGACAAUAAAUUAUUAUUUGAUAAAAAUAUGAAAAAAAUUGAAAACACUAUUAACACCAUGAGUAUUGAAUUAGCAGACGAAAAUAAACAAAUUAUUAUUCUAAGAUUAAUAUCCCUGAUUGAAAAUAAUAUUAGUGAAUUAGAUAUAUUUGUAACGAGGUUACAAAGAAUAAUUUCAAACGUUCAAACGAAUAAAUUGGAUGUUUUUAUAAUUACACUAGAUCAGUUUUUGUCGGAAAUAAAACGAAUGGAAAAUAUCCUGCCGGAAAAUUUACAAUUCCCUAUAAAAUUUAAUGAAGAUAAUAUACAAGAAAUAUACAAAAUAUUACACAUAGACGUUCACCCAAUGAACGAUAGACUAAUAUUUUCAAUAAAAAUUCCAUUAUGUAUCAUCGACAUUUUCAAAUUAUAUUAUAUUCUACCGAUAUAUAUUCCAAUCAAUGAAUUAGGACAAUUUAUACAUAUGACUGAAAAUCCAAUGUACUUAAUAACAGACGAUUUGGUGACAAAUUAUUUUAUUUGGUCAAAUAUCAAUAACUGUGUAAAAGUUGCUAACACUUUUGUUUGUGGUUUUAAUGAAAUCAUACACAAUAGUGUUACUGAUCCCACUUGUGUAACAGAAAUAUUAAAAAAUUCUAUAGCCAAACCUACCCAAUGUGAUACUUAUAUCACUGAAUUUAAAAAAGAGUUAUGGUACCCAUCAUAUUUCAAAAAUAAUUGGUACUUUGUUUGUGUAAAGCCUACUAUAAUCACGAUAAUUUGUAAUAAACGAUCUUUUAUUCAUAGGCUAACAUUAAAAAGUUCUGGUAAAUUAUUCCUGAAAGCUGGUUGUCUUGCUCAAACGACUCAGGGCGUUAUAAUAACAGAACAAAUAUUAGAAUCGUCAUUUGUAACACAACCUUUAGAGUUAAGCCUUUUAAAUGAUUCGUGCUGUAAUAUUGCAGUUAAUCGACUAUAUCCGAAACCCAUUCAUUUAGAUGAAAUUAAAAAUUUAAAAUUUGAUAAAGAGUCUUUCGAUAAAAUAAACGCAAAAUUAGAUCAACAAGAAAAAUUAUUAAAUUCACUUACAUUAGAAAAAACCUAUGAAUUUGUAUAUACAAAUAAAUAUUUGAUUACGAUAAUAGCUGUUAUAUUAUUAUACUUAAGUAUAAAAUUUUGUAUAAAAAAAAAAAAAUCAGCUUUAGAAAAUAUAAAUUUAGGUUAUUAUCCUAAGCCCAUGGUUCAAACAUAA